AUGAUGCAACACAGAAGAGUAAAUUUCACAGCGGUCUAUGCACUCGAGAGGUUGCUAUCGACAUCACUCGGACCAAAGGGAUUAGAUAAGGUGAUCGUCGACAGCGAACUACACGAGACUACCAUCACCAAUGACGGUGCAACUAUCAUCGAUCGACUACCUCUAGAGAACCCGUUGGCCGUUAUCUUGAAGCAGUUGGCACACUCUGUCGACUCAAAGGUUGGCGAUGGCACCACCAGUGCGGUGCUGCUGGCUUGUCGGCUGCUGGCGAGUGCCGACCGACUUCUCGACGAACGAUAUCAUCCCAAUCUGAUAGUGGAGGGUUUCCAACAGGCUCUACAACUCUCACUGAAAAUAUUUGACCGACUUGCAAUCACCUUGGAAUCACAUGAGCAAUCAAUGUUACUGAUAGCAUCGACAACACUUCAAUCAAAGAUUCUAUCAAGUUAUUCAAACAAGUUUUCAAAACUUUGUUUAAGUGCAAUCAAUAUUAUAAAUAAUAAUAACAAUAAUAAUAACAAUGAUAAUAAUAACAAACAUAAUAGAAACAAUAUAGAUAAUAUAAAGUAUUUAAAGAUAUUAGGAGGAUCUAUUGCAGAUACAUCAUUAAUACAUGGUAUUAUGAUAAAAACUAGAUUUUUGGUACCUAAUAUGUCGAAAUCAGUCAAGAAUGCAAGAUUACUGUUCAUUGACUUUGAAUUAGGUGAUAUUGGUCACUCUAUAUCAUUGUUACCAAGUUCAUUAAGUUUUAAUCAAAGAGAAUCAAUUGAAAAAGAGAGAAAAGAAUUAGAGAUCAAACAAUCACAAAUCAUUAUAAACUAUCUUAGUAAUAGUGGACAGUGUAAAAUAGAUAAUUGUAUUAUUAUAUCAACAAAGAGAAUACCAUCGUCAUGUAUUGCAAUGUUUUAUAAUCAUUCCGUUCAUUGUUCUUCAAUGGUAGAUAACAACGAUAUGUCACAAUUACUAAUGAUAUCGGGUGGUACAUUGUUACAUUCAUUGGUUCAGUUAGAUAUAGAUAGUAGUAGCAACAAAAACAAUGAUAAUAAUAAUAAUAAUAUUAAUAUUACACCAAUAGUUAGUGAAUGUAGAGAAUUGGUUGAGAAGAAUUCACAAUAUUAUCUAGAGAUCAUCAACAAUGAUGUUACAAUCAACUCUAUAUGCACAUUUAUUGUAAGAGGACCGAAUCUAUAUACAAUUGAAGAGGUACAACGAUCUCUAAACGAUGCACUCUCUGUCAUGUCAAUUGUUAGAGACUAUCCAACUGUAUUACCAGGUGGAGGUGCAACUGAAAUACAAUUAUCUAUACAAAUUAAUCAUUAUCUAAAACAACAGCAGACACAACAAUCACAUUCACAAUCACAACAAUUAAAAUCAGAUAAUAUAAAGAUAAAUAGAAUAAUAACAUUGUUUUCAGAAUCAUUAUUGACAAUACCAACGUUAUUAUAUAGAAAUGCAGGAUUCGACUCAACUACAUUACUAUCGGAAGUAAUGAAAUUCCAUGAAAAACAACAUCAAUUAAAUAAUAAUAAUAAUAGCAGUAAUAUUGAUUAUAAAACUUAUUCAGUGGAUUUAGAUAGUGGCGAAAUAAAGAGUAUGCUUUCACUUGGUAUAGUCGAACCAAUCAAUGCAAAAAAGAAUAUGUUAUCGAUGGUUGUCGAUACUGUUUCAAUGUUGAAUCACUUUGAAACUCAACCUGUUUCAGUUAAUAUUUCUGCUCCGGUUGGUCUAGUAAGAUUGUUUGUCAAAGAUAAAGGAAUGACCAAACACUUUUAUAGUGCCGGAGUAUCCUUGACUACUAUUAAUAAAGACUUGGGAUUAUCUAGAGGAUCACUAAUUGUUCAUGGUGAUGUCAACAAAGUAGUAGUUGAGCCACCUUUUCCUGCUGGCGAUUACGAUCUUUACAACUUUAAUAGUAAAUAUCUAUAA